GAGACGGACCCUGUUACCAUUAGAGUUCCAGGUGACAGAUGUCUCCAGCCCCGUCCAGAGAAUCGUCCAGGCUUUCCCAAGGCCUUUUUUGAUGGUUCCGCGAUGAUGCAAGUCCCGGGCGAUACCUCUAUACCUUGCGGCAAUUUCCUUCCUCCUUCCUCAGAUCCUGACCCUAGGAAAACCAUGGCUACCAUGACUGAAGCAUGCCGACCAGAGUCUGUGUCUUUCAAGAGGAGGAGGUUACAAGAAAGACAACACGAGGAAGUACUGGCGGAGGCGCGGCUCCAUGAGCAGAAGAGGAAGAUCUUGAGCUACGCCAAUGCGACGAACAACCUCAUUCCUACACAUGGAAACGAUACGGAGGACGAUGAACUAUACGCAGAGCGGUUUGAUCGAGAGUCCUCGGUGGAAACACCAUCAGAACGCAGUGUCUUGACACCGGACGAAACUCAAGAGCACAGAGCGACGUUUGGAAGACCCAUCUCUUAUAACACCGGCGUGCUACCUCCACUCAAGCUUGAGAUACCAGACGAUGAGGAGAUCCUGCAGUUGGGACUGGACGAGAACCGUGUUGUCAUACCGCCCUCGCCCAGACCUGUCUUGCAAGCUUCGUUGGCUUCAUGGGCAGAUUUCAGAUAUGACCGGUAUUCUGUUGUCCUAGACUCACCAUUAUCGGAAGUUGUGAGUCCAGACUUCGAUACGGACGAGACCUUUUCACCCAUCGAGACUGCCACCCCAGUUUCAUUCCAACAACCUAAAUCUAGACCCUCGCUCAUCUCGAUUAGCAGCGUGUCGCAAUGCAGCAAGAGAAGGACUAAGUCGGUACAAAGCCCGCUGUCGCAAACAGCUUCACGGUCAGAACGACCAGCCAAACGCCAGUCAACAAGCUCGAUGCAGGCUGCGUUUCCUGCCGCUGAAGCCACACUUUUCGAAGUUCCAGACCUUCCUGUCAAUGCCCUUGAGCUCAUUGCCAAUGCUAGCCACGAGUCUCUACCACUAACGACGCUGUCAUCAAGAGAACCCACUUCGAGGACUUUGCGAAAGUCCAGUGUACCUCGACUUUCGACAGCACUAAGCCAUGCCCGUAUGAGCAGUAUCAAAAAUUUGAUCAAGACACCUACGUCCACCACGUUUUCACGCCCUUCGAGCCACAUAAGUCGACCUUCGACUUCGAGCAUGUCUGGCGUCGAAGCGUUCCCGAUGCAGAACACUGGCUUUUUCAGCAACCCACGCAACUCCACGACGAUCCAACGACCUUCGACGGCAAUGAGCUCGUCGAGCUCCACCAGCCCAACCAACGUGGCCAUGACUGCCUUACCAUCCUCACCCAGUCCUCUAGGUGAUAAUGAUGACGACUUCGAUACAAGAUCCGCACAUGGCCAGACCAUGGAGGCCAAAAAGUCUUUCUCGGUAUUGCGCCGACGAAGCGAGAGUAUCGGUCAAGCACUCAAGGGCCUCAGCAAGAUUAACACGAAGCACGACGGGCCUUUGCUCGCGGGUCGUUUGCCGACUCCCCGGAAUCCAAGAAAGUCAUUCGCUAUGGAGCUUUCUGGGUUCCCUACUCCGCCGAUGCCGCCUCUUCCUGGGAAGAGCAGCACUGGUGCUGGUUCGUUCAACUCAAAUCCUAUGAGGAACAACAGUGGUGGGAACAUUGGUCUUGGGUUGCGAAGCGUGGAAGGACUCUCGCACAGAUGAAAUCCAUCAGGACUGAUUCUGAAGUGCGGCCAGAAUGUCGAAAUGAAUACACCCUCUUGCCAGUUAUUCAGAGCAAUAGUCCAUGCUCUAUUACGAUGUUACGACAGAUUUGUUUUGCUCUGAGCGUUCUCCUGAUAUCAUGUAUCAAAAAGGUGUAUUUUAGAACACGGGAAUUGGGCCGUUGACUGCCAAUCGAUGAUGGAAAUAGCAAUGAUAAUGCCCCCAGAUCAAAA